AGUCCGCUAGGGUAAGGGCGGAGAUUGGGGAAGGCUUGCGCGGAUUGGCUGCACGCCGCCCCCCUUGUCAUCGCUCAGUUAUGCUUCAGGCGCUGGUUGGUUGGGGGUUGGAGGGCGCGCUGUGAUUGGCUGUUGCCUGGCAGCGGAGCGGUCCCGGCUCAUUCCGCUCUCAAUGGCGGCGGGGAGCGAUGAGGAGGAAGGCGGCGGGGAGGGUGAGAGCGAUCUACACCGACCGGGAGGGGGGAGGAGGAGCGCCGAGAGAGCCCUGGAGGAGGCGGCCCGGACCGGAGAACUCAACCUGAGCGGGAGGAGACUGAGGAGUAUACCCGAGAGGGGGCGGAGCUACGACCUCACCGACCUGACCCGAGCGGAUUUAUCGAAGAACCGUUUCGCUGAAGUCCCCGGUGAGCUGUGUCAGCUUGUGUCCCUGGAAUCCUUGAACCUCUAUCACAACUGCCUGCGUAGCCUUCCUGCCUGCAUCUCCAACCUACAGGCCCUCACCUACCUGAACAUAAGCCGAAACCUCCUCACCUCUCUACCUCCUUACCUCUGUCGUCUUCCUCUCACUGUUCUCAUCGCCAGUAAUAACAAGCUGAACUCCAUUCCGGAGGAGGUGGGCGCCAUGACCAACCUGCGGCAGCUG